GGCUAUAUAAACUUGCGUUCUGCGAGCACACCCGUACUCGACAGGGAGCACAUACGCAAAGUAGAGAUUUCUUCUCCUUUCUCUUGCCGGUUUUCUGCAGCUUCGCAGGUUUCCCCCUUUCUCUCUCCUUCUCUCUCCUUCCUUUUCCCAAGCGAAGAUGGGGUGCGGAUGCGGACACGCCGGUUGCGCUUGCCCCGAUUGCAAGUGCAACGGCGGGACAGGCGCCAGCUGCUGCGGCAAAUGAAGUGAUUUAGUCAGAAGCCAUCGCCACGAAAGCUUGCCUGGUGUCAAAGCAUGGGAUACUUAUUGUGAACCAGGUGAAGGCUGCCAUCUAAUCAAUCACAGUUGAAGUUACUCUGCGGCGACGCCCAUGGCGAUGGCGAUCGCGACGAAGAUGCAGUGUGGCUGCGGCUAUGGCGAUGGCGAUGACGAUGACGAUGGCGAUGGCGAUGGCAAUAGGCGAUGGCGAUGGCGAUGAGGAUGAGGAUAAUAAACCUGUUUUGCUCUGCUGUGCCCAUGGCGAUGGCGAUGGCGAUGAAGAUGGCGAUGGCGAUGGCGAUGGGAAGCCUUCUUUCUAUCCUUUUGAGCCCUGAUAAUGUUGACGACAACAGCGGUAACGUUGACGACGUCUCGGUGACAGCGCUGGUAGAGGAUCAGGUCCAUCAGGACGGCUGCAAAUGGAAGCUUCACCAGCUCGGCGCGCAGUUAGGCUGCUCGCAGACAACGUGGCUCCGGAGGGAAACGAGGGUGGUCCCUCUGACGGAGGCACUCCCCUUCAAUCCGGGGGCGCUUUCGUCUGAGUUGCCUUCCACAUGACCCUUCGCGAUGGUGGAAAGUAGCUUUAUGUUGCUGGUGCAACGCUACGUGGCCACUGGUACCGGUGCUGUUUCUGGUAGUAUUUUUUCAGUUUCUGGUCCUGCUUCUGGACCAGGUCCAUGGAUAUUCACUGAGGUGCCGCUGCGCGCGGCCGAUGUUGGGGUCCCUUCUGCUAGACGUCUGGUUUGGACAGCAGUUGCGGCGGUGAAGGAAUCAUUCUCACUGUGAACUUAAUUGCUUUUAAAAUAUGUAAAAAAGAGAAA